GAUGUUAAAAAAAUGUCGAUAAACGAUUGCAAUGUGUAACGAUAAAAUAUGAAAAAAAGGUUGACGAAAAAUAUAUAAGAGGAUAGAUAGAUAUCGAUAUUGUUAAACAAUCACGCUACACGCUGUAUCACGAACAAGCUACGAUUCAAAGAUGAAAGCGAUACUUGCGCUAUCUCUCGCCGCUAUUUCGGUGGCCCUCGUUUCCGCAACCGCGCCACCUAAAUGCCCGCCGAAUGAAGUCGAGGACGAAAUAAUCCUACUUCCAAAUCCAAAUGAUUGUACAUCAUAUUACGCUUGCAACAGAGGAACGGCAUUCUUGAUGAAAUGUAAUUCAGGACUUGAAUUCAAUGCCGAGUUAAAGAUUUGCGAUUGGCCACAAUCGGCGCACUGUCAAGUAACUCCGGAACCGAGCAAUGUUGAAUCUAACGAAUAAAGAAUCGAGCCAAAUAAUCC